GCAGGGAUGCGCGUCCCCAGACGCCAAAUACGACAUCACAUGCUCCAGGCCUUGGCACACUCAAACGCGGUCCACCUCAUCCGCUCCAGCGAUCCCAUUCCUUUGCCGCUUGUCAUCCAUCAAAUACAUUGGGGCAGCUCCCCAUUUUCUCUCGCUAUCCUCCCACCCCCCUUCGGUCGCACAAUGGCUCGCCUCAACACGCGUACUUCGGCCACGCCUAUUGGUCGCGCCUCCUCGAUCGAUUCUCUCUACCGCGACCCUACACCCCACGACCGUGUGACGCGCGAUGCCACUCCCCACCAAUCUCCAUACUCUGUCGCCAGCCCUGUCAACCCUCUCGGCUCAGACAAGGAAAACGACUUCCUGUCCGAAUCACGCCAGGCCUCUCCUCAGCCGCACUCGCGCUUGUCAAAACCACAACAAAUGCCUUUCCGUCACAGCCCGCGUAGCCGUACGUCUAAAUCCGGCCCAGCCUCUACCCGUAACGCCAGCAAGCGCCGCCGCACCGAUAACUACGAAUUUACCGCCUCCGAUGUCGACGACGCAAAGGUCUAUCAGGACCAUUCCGAAGUCGACGACGCAAAGGUCUAUCAGGAUCAUUCCGAAGUCGCCGACGAGGACGAGGACGCUAAAGAGCAGGUUGAAGAUGCGGAAAUGGAAGACCGAGACGGUUCUUCCAACCCCAGCCUGACCUCAGAUGACGAAGGCGAAGAAAAUGGGGACGAGGAUGAAGAAGAGGAAGAACUCAAAUACUAUAACCCGGACCAGAAUGUCGAUAAGCGACGCGCUCUUCGUAUCAGCAUGCGUGAUAGUCGACGUGAAAUCGAAGUCAACCGUGACGAAUACAUCAAGGACGAUGGAUCCCGCAUGAUUGCAGCAAUCAAUAAACAAAACAAUCUCAUGACCAAAGUGCGCCAGACCGCAGAUGCAACCUUGGACUCCCGGACUUUGGUAGACUUGACCGAUAUGUCUGGUAAACAGCUAGGGGACAAACUACAAGCGAAUGCUGGCAUUGGCAUUGACAUUGACCAAUUUCUCUCUCGAUGCAUUUACUACAUGAAAGAGCAUCGUCCAUUUGGAGAAAACGACACAGAACCUACUCAAACUCACCGUCGUCGCCGGACUCAGACCGUAAAUGAUGAGAAUGACGAGGACGAGGAGGAAGUCGAAAAGAAUUUGGACUGGGCCUUCCUAGGACGCCAUGCCUGCAUCCCUUCCACUCAAUUUUAUUUCGGAUCAUCUUUUCUUUUGGGGCCGCUUUCAAUCGAGAAGAAGGCUUCAAACGUACAAACACGACGUGCCCGAGUCCAGCGGCAACCUCUUGGUCCUGCUACUAGGCCGCAGGAACUUCGUCAAGAAGAUAUCAAACAGUCCGAGAAUUCGAACCUCACCCACCUGGUGAAAAACAUCAACACUCGCCUGAGAGAGCACUUGCAUGUGAACGCCCCUAAAGUUGAAACGGAGCUUUCGAUGCUGGACAAUGAACCUGACCAAGAAGACAUGUUUGCUGCCUUUAAUCGACAUCGUGUUUACAUGUCCCCCGAGGAUGGAGAGCCUGCGGUUUCUCUGUUCGACUUUGCUGUCAAUCCCAAGUCGUUUGGUCAGACUGUGGAGAACUUGUUCUAUGUAAGCUUUCUCAUUCGCGAAGGUAACGCAAAGGUGGUUGUCGAUGAGGACGGGCUUCCGCUACUCGCUCCUGAAAAAGCUCGUAAUAUCAACGAGCAGCGCCAAGGCAAUGUUGAAAAGCAUCAAGCCAUCUUUAGUAUCGAUUACCCUACCUGGAAGAACCUGGUCAAAGCCUACGAUAUCACUGAACCUCUCAUCCCCCAUCGCCAGCAGGAAGAGGCCAACAUUGCACCAGGCGGAUGGUACGGCUGA